GUAAGAUGUCAAAAGCACUGCUAUGUUAACAAAUUUAUUAUUAAGUAAAGGAAGAAAGCGCAUGUGAGCUGGCUUGCUGGGAUGAUUCAUUCAGAUCCAAAUACCAGCUUCUUACAAUGCUUCUUUCUUCAGGUGGAAUCCCCCUUGACUUAGCAGGAGGCAGUGAUGAGAAAUCAUACGGUAAUAACCACAUUCAUCCUGCUGGGAUUGACAGAGGACCCAAAACUCCAAGUUCUGCUUUGUGCAUUUUUGCUUCUCACCUACAUGUUGAGUGUGGCUGGGAACCUCAUCAUUAUCACCCUCACACUUUCGGAUCCUCAUCUUAAAACACCCAUGUAUUUUUUCCUCCGAAAUUUCUCUUUCUUAGAAGUCUCAUUCACGACUGUCUGUAUUCCCAGAUUCCUGUAUACUAUGACAACUGGAGAUAAUACCGUUAGCUAUAAUGCUUGUGCCACUCAAUUAUUUUUUGUUGUCCUCUUUGGAGCCACAGAAUUUUUUCUCCUCGCCGCUAUGUCCUAUGACCGCUACGUGGCCAUUUGUAAGCCCCUGCACUACACAACUAUCAUGAACAACCGAGUCUGCACUACCCUCGUUCUCUGCUGCUGGUUUGCCGGCCUGUUGAUCAUCCUCCCGCCCCUUGGCGUGGGCCUCCAGCUGGAAUUCUGUGACUCCAAUGAGAUUGAUCAUUUUGGCUGUGACACAUCUCCCGUUUUACAGAUAACCUGCUCGGACACUGUGCUCAUAGAGAGAAUUGUCUUGAGUUUCGCUGUGCUGACUCUCCUCAUUACCUUAGUGUGUGUGGUCCUCUCCUACACAUGCAUCAUCAAGACCAUUCUAAGAUUCCCCGCUGCCCAGCAAAGGAAAAAGGCCUUUUCCACCUGCUCCUCCCACAUGAUUGUGGUUUCCAUCACCUAUGGCAGCUGCAUCUUCAUCUACAUCAAACCUUCGGCAAAGGAAGGAGUGGCCAUUAACAAAGGGGUGUCUGUUCUCACCACUUCAGUUGCCCCUUUGCUUAAUCCGUUCAUUUAUACACUUCGAAAUAAACAAGUGAAAGACGCCUUCAAAGGCACAGUAAAACGGAUGGUAUUUCUCACAAAAAAGUAAGAGACUCUUGGUGAGUUUUGAGACUAAGUUAAAUUUAAAUC